UCAUCUGGCGUUGAUGAAUGGUGGUAAAAGUAUUCAAGUUGCAGAUUACUCCACUUCAUCUCGUGGUUAUGUAUGACGCUAAAGGUACUGAAAUGUCAGCCAUACAUAUGAUAAACUCGCUUAAUAGCCAAGGGGCAGCAUUGUCUACCAGGAAUAGUCUUUUUGUACAAGAAAAUGAAGACAUCUCAUCGCUCUCAUUGGUAAGCUCGUUAUUAGAGAAAUAUAGUGAGGUAUGUUGUUUGUGUGAUGCAGAUGGGAUGACCCCUCUACUUAGAGCUGCAGUCCGCUCUAAUUUACCUGUUGUUGAUGCCAUAAUUAACAAUUGUCCUGAAUCAAUUGAGAUAUGUGAUCCAAAGGGCAAAAAUUUGUUACAUUACAUAAGAUUUCCGACUUCCUUAGAGGCAAGGAAAUUUAUGGAAAAGCCAGAGAUUCCUGUGGAGUUCCUUGAUUGAGUUAGUUGUAAUUGUAAUUCCAUUCAGAGUGAUUGAGUUAGUUAUAAUUGCUAUAAAUAGUUGAUCAAAUAGAGAUGAUAUUAGAAAACUAAUGUGGUGAAUAAUUACCAAACGAAACUGAAGUGUAAAAUGUACAAUGUUGUUGCAGGAGAAGGCAAACGAGAAAGAGAUAAUAAAAGAUGAGCUUAUGAGUAUUGAUGUGUAUAAAGCCGUUUGUAAUGGGGAGUAGCAAAUCUUAAGAGAAAUGCUUAAAGAUAAAAAGCAUUUUCUUUCUCGACUACCCGAUGGAAGCAACAUCAUCCAUUUAGUAAUUCAGCGUCUCCAACCAUAUUGCUUUGAUUUAUCCACUUAUCCAGAAGAAGAGUUGAUUGUGGAUUUUGAAGUUGGAAUUAGAUGGGAGGAGAGAGAUUGUGGUGUUUAAGAAGGGAUUGUUGAAGAUCGAGGAGGGGAUUUGGUUGCGUAUGAAGCAUUUUCGUUGGUGUUUCGGGGAGGUUUUCUGGGUUUUGGUUAUGGCAGAAGGUGGUAUUGGUGGGUGGUUUUCCGAAGGAGGGUGUUCGACGACGGUAAAGGGAAAAGGGAGGGAGUCGGUUUGGUGGUGGAGGUUGGUUAGCGAGGGUGAGGGGAUCCAGGCGGCGGCUGCCCUGGGGCUGGGGGGCUGCUGAGCUGCUGCCAUGGGAGGGGGAGAAGGAGAGGGUGGAUGGUGAUGGUGAGGGUGGUUUUUUUUUUUUUUUUUUUAAUAAUUCAACUUAAUUAUUAAAGAUAUUAAGUUAGAGUUAUGAGUAAUUAGAAAAAUUAAGGGAAAAUUAGUGGUUAGUUGAGUGAUUAGAGGUCUCAUGUUGUCUUCAACAAAAUUAUUUUAUAAUUUGGUUUCUCCUUGCCAAAAAGUUUUUAUAAGGUUUUUUCCAACAAAAUAGGUGUUAUAAAUGGUUUUUUUCUGACAAAAUUACCAUCUUUGAUUACAGGAUGCAUCUUGAUCUUCCCUAUUCAAUUCAACCUUUUCUUGCGAUCCACUUUUUUUUUUAAGCCUAAUUUUCAAUUAAAGUAUGUUUCUUUAAAAACAGUUACCAAGAAAUUAAAAGUAUGUAUCAUAAUUCUUUUGUUUUUCAAUAUAUAUUUCCAGUUUCAAAAAUUCCUUAAGUCACGAGGUGUGGACUUUGACAAUGAGAAUGAUAUCAAGUUUGAUAGAAGUACAUAUGGAGUGCGUGGAGAGGAUGUAAAGGAGUAUAUGAACCCAAUGGGGGUUGUGGCGGCGUUGUUGGCAACCGUUACAUUCACUGCAGCAUUUACAGUUCCCGGUGGAUACAAAGGUGACACCGGAAUUCCCAAUUUAGGAAAGAAGGCAGCAUUCCAGGUGUUUAUGGUUGCGGAUGUGGUGGGAAUGUGCAGCUCCAUGAUGGUCCUUUUCUGCCUCCUUUGGUUAUUGUCACGUCAGGAUAUUGAAGAGGAUGUUUUUAAAGAAGACGAGAAGCAGGUGAUGCUAGUAGAUAUGACCAUCAAACUGCUGCUUAUAUCGUUUUAUGACAGGAAUAUAUGUAACCACAAUCUCUGAAACUCGUUGGUUAGCUAUCUUCACUUGCGUCCUCUGCUCCUUUCUUAUCUUGCUCAUGACAAGGCCUCAUAUCAAGUAUCUCAGUAUCAUAUUGCGUAUACUGCCCUUUAUGUGUCAAGCUUUAGCCGACUAUUUCAAAGAAUUAUACUCUAAAAACAAAUUUUGCUGUCAGCCAAAAAAUCGUGCCGCCGGACAUAAUAGGGACUAGCAAGAACCUGCAAGAGAAUCCACUUCAUCUUCCUGAUCAAACUACUACAAUGAGUACUACGACGUGUGUUAUGUGUGUGCUUGUAAUUAUCAUAAUAUUUUUGAUACCAACCCUAAGCUACCUUUAAAUGUACUGUCAUGUGAGUUAUGAAACUCUUUUUAGCUCAAUUGUGGUGUUUUUUUUUUUAUUUUUUUUUUAUUAUGUACUUAAUCUAAAAUCAUGUAUGUUGCUUCUAUUAUAAACAACAAUUUAUUACAAAAGAUGAAUCAUGUUUAUGUUGCCAAUUAAAAAUAAAUUAUAUUUCGUAUGUAUUAAGUUAUUUUUACCCAAAUUCUUAUAUGUGACUAUAAUAAGUCCAUUUCGCGUAUCAGGUAAUUAAUUGAAUGAUAAGGGAUACGGUGAUGAGAAAAUGAAAACCAAUCUUGUAAGUAUAUACGAAGCUUAAAGGAAGUGACACUUUCCCUCCAUUAUUUUAUCCAAACAUAGAAUUAGCAUCAUAACCCACAUUG